CAUAAAAUGGGCCUGAAAACCUAGUGCACAUCAAGAACCCUAAAGAAAUUCUUCCCUAAUUUAAAAACCCUAAUAAAUUUCACGCCCUCUCCUCCAGCAUUCUUUUCCCUAUCAUCAGCAGCAGCCGCGGAACCACGCCCAUCUGUCUUCUUCCAUUUCCAGGUAAGUACUUUUUAAGCUUUCAAAAUGGGUCGUGUCCGAACAAAGACUGUGAAGAAGUCUUCUCGUCAAGUCAUCGAGAAGUACUAUUCUCGAAUGACAUUGGAUUUCCACACCAACAAGAAGGCCUUGGAGGAGGUUGCCAUCAUUCCGUCUAAGCGUCUACGCAAUAAGAUCGCUGGAUUUUCCACUCAUCUUAUGAAGAGGAUUCAGAAGGGCCCAGUUCGUGGAAUUUCGUUGAAAUUGCAAGAGGAAGAGCGUGAAAGGCGUAUGGACUUUGUUCCUGCCGAGUCUGCUAUCAAGGUCGACUCGAUCCCUGUUGAUCCCGAGACCAUUGAAAUGCUUGCUUCUCUUGGCAUGUCUGAUCUUCCCGGUAUCGUCAAAGCUGAACCAGAGAUUGUGGCUGCCGCUACGACUUUUGGCCGGGGAGCUGGUGGAAGGAGGUUCUAGGUUUUACUCGAUCUUGUUUGUGUUCUCGAAUCUAGAUUUAUGCUGCCUAUUUUUGGGCUCGAUUGAGGAUGAAUUUUCAGGUUUAUCAUGUAGGACAUUGCUUUUGCUAGCAAGACGUGCAUUAAUAUUUUUUUACGACUUUUUCGAUCUAUACUAUUUAUGCUUAAUUACUCGACGUGUUGAGUUGGAAGAUCGUCGUUGAUGAAGGAGAAGUGCGAAGCCAUAUCAAUGCCACUGUUAAAGUGACUUUUAUACUGUUGACAUGUACUCUGAUAGAGUGCUUUAACACCCUACUAUGUUCAGUUAUCUCUGAUAGAAAUGUACUUUUUAAGUGUUCAUGUUUGGUCAA